AUGGCGCGCGCAUUCUCCGCCAACGCUGCUGUUGCGGAGCCCGCGCUAGCCGGGUCGGGGGAGCAGCGCGCAGGCGUCACGCGCGGCGGUGAAACGGGCGGCGGUGCGAGCGGGGGGUUGCAACGCAUGGCGGAACGACCAGUGCGGGGGAAGGGGUUUGAGGGAGAGGGGGAGGAGAGCAGAGGGGGGGUUGCGGUGACAGCGGAAGGGGCGAAAGUUGGGCGUGGGAAUGGCGGCGUCGAGAAUGCGGGCGUCGAGAAUGCGGGCGUCGAGAAUGCGGGCGUCGAGAAUGCGGGCGGCGGCAAAGGUGGCGGUGGCGACGUGGCGAAUGCAGCAGAGAGCAGCGCGAAGGAGGAACUUCGAGCGCGUCCGGCAGCAGCAGCAGCGGCGGCGGGAGGAGGAGGGGUGGCUAGGCCGCUGAGGCUGGUGGUGGUGCACGAGGCAGCGGCGGAUGGGGCUGGUGAGACGCUCUCUCGUGCUCCCACUGCUGCAUGUCUGUGUCUGGACGGGUCACCACCGGCCUACUACUUCCGCCCGGGCCAUGCUGGUGGCGCCCACAGAUGGUUCUUCCACUUCCAGGGCGGGGCGUGGUGCAGCAGCGGGGAGGAGUGUGGGCAGCGCAGCCUCACAGCGCUGGGGUCGUCCCGCCUGCUGCCUGCCACAAUCGAUGCUCAGGGCGUGUUCAGUGACGACCCCGCCAUCAACCCAGGCAUGCACGAGUGGAACAUGGUGAAGCUCGCUUACUGUGAUGGUGGGUCCUUUGCUGGCCACCGCACCCACCCUGUGCCCGUGCAGGGCGGCAGCAUCUUCAUUCGCGGGCGGGCCAUUCGCGAUGCCAUCUUUGACCACCUGCACCACCGACUGGCUGAUGCGCAGCAGGUGGUGGUGUCGGGGUGCUCUGAAGGCGGGCUGGCAGCGCUGCUGCACUGCGACCACAUCAGAGCCGCCUUCUUCCCCACCCUGCCCCUCUCUGCCUACGCCUGCCUGCCCGAUGCUGCCAUCUUCCUUGACAGACACGACUUGGGUGGGCGGUCAACAGCAAGGGAGCUCUUUCAGGCAGUCUUCCGCUUCCAUCACAUGGCAGGGGGAGUGAGCGAGCACUGCAUCAGCGCCCGCCCAUCGCACAUGCAGUACGAGUGCAUCUUUGCUCGCCAUGCCAUGGCGUAUGUGAGCAGCAGAGUGUUUAUGGUCAACAGCAACUACGACUCCUGGAAUCUGCUGGCUCUGCUAGCCAAUGAGGAUGCGGACCCUUCUGGUGACGUGCUUCGGAACUGCCUGUACCGAGUGCGCUCGUGCACAGCGGCCCAGCUGGCCAUCAUUCAAGUUUUCCGCCAGGCGUUGCUGGAGUCAUGGCAGCCGUUCCUGGCAGCAAGUGACCCACACGGGGUGUUCUUCUACUCCUGCUUCGCCCACUGCGCCACCUACCACAACGACCUCUGGUCACAGCUCACUGUCGCCAAUCACACACUGGCGCAGGCCUUCACUCGCUGGCUUCAUGAAGACGAUAAUGAUGGGGGAGAGGCCAAAUCGGUUGACUGUGCGUAUCCUUGUAACGAAUGCAAUAUUGACCGGCCUGAGUUUAAAGAGCCAGCUGUGUUCUUCUGA